UACUUCUUGCAAAACAGUCAACUUCUAAUUACUUUCUAAAAUUGCUGUUGGUAACCAUUACCGGAGAUAUGGCUGGUUUGCUCGAACAAGCAAAGCAAUUUGUUUCCGAUACAGUGGCGAGCAUGGCCAAGCCUGAGGCGACUGUAACUGAUGUUGAUCUGAAAGGCAUCGACCUUGGCUCUGUCACCUACAACGCUAAGGUCAACGUUUCGAAUCCUUACAGCACGCCUAUUCCCAUCGGAGAGAUUCGUUACGUUCUCAAAAGUUCUGGCAGUGUGAUAGCGACGGGAACAGUACCUGAUCCAGGUUCACUUAAGGGGAACGGUGACACAUUGCUAGACGUUGAGAUUAAGGUGCCGCACAGUGUGUUAGUAAGCUUGGUGAAGGACAUUGCUGUAGAUUGGGACAUUGAUUACGAGCUUCAAGUCAACCUAGUUGUUGACCUUCCACUCAUUGGUGACAUUAGCAUACCGGUAACUAGUAAGGGUGAGGUCAAACUUCCUUCGCUCACCGACUUCUUUACCUAAAUCGAUUCAAAGAAGGAAAAAUAAGAUUGUGAUGAUCACAUGUAAUUCCAAAUAUGUUUUAACGCGUAGUCUCGUAUAAGUAAUUGAAUUUGAAGGAUGUGUAUUUAUAAAUUCGCCUCACAUACUUAUUUGUUCCGCAUUUUAUAUUCUACCACAUUGUAUCAACUUCGACCUACUUUCAGAUACAAUAAGAAUUUAAUCUAUUUCAAUUA